CAGUCGCAGUUCUUCGCGAGAAUGUAUCCAACGGCUCCGCUCCUGCCGCGCGCGCGUCGCUGUCCAUGUAACGGAAUCACAUGUCCCCCCGUGAUCUAGCUGUUCUGUUUCUCGGGGUUCGGAUGGUCCGCGCGCUCCAUACAGAAUUCAAUCGGGAAAUCAACGCGCACCAGCCAUGGCGCUGGUCAUGGAACCCAUCAGUAAAUGGUCCCCGAAGCAGGUGCUGGACUGGAUGAAAGGACUGGACGACUGUUUGCUGCAGUACAUGAGGACAUUUGAGAGAGAGCAGAUCACUGGAGAGCAGCUACUUCAUAUUACCCAUCAGGAACUAGAAGAGCUUGGCGUGACCCGCAUCGGACACCAGGAGCUCAUUCUGGAGGCUGUGGACUUACUCUGUGCACUGAACUAUGGUCUCGAGACAGAAAAUUUGCGCACUUUGUCACACAAACUCAACGCGUCGGCUAAGAAUCUGCAGAACUUCAUAACGGGUCGCCGUCGCGGGGGCCAUUAUGAUGGACGGGUCUCACGGCGCCUUCCCAAUGACUUCCUGACCUCGGUCGUUGACCUCAUCGGAGCGGCAAAAAAUCUGCUCGCAUGGCUGGACAGGUCUCCAUUUGUCAGUGUUUCUGAGUACUCAGUGCUGAAGAACAACAUCGUUCAGCUUUGUCUAGAACUAACAACUAUAGUACAGCAGGAUUGCACUGUAUAUGAAACUGAAAAUAAGAUUCUACAUGUGUGUAAGACUCUAUCAGGUAUCUGUGAGCACAUUAUUUCGUUAUCAUCCGAUUCGUUGGUGUCACAGUCUGCCCACCUAGAGGUCGUCCAUCUGACUAAUGUUAUGCCUAGUGAAGGCUUGGGCAUGUACAUCAAGUCCACAUAUGAUGGUCUUCAUGUGAUCACUGGGACCACAGAGAAUUCUCCCGCAGAUCAGUGCAAGAAGAUUCAUGCUGGUGAUGAGGUCAUUCAGGUCAAUCACCAGACGGUGGUUGGUUGGCAGCUGAAGAAUUUAGUCAAUUGUCUCCGAGAGGAUCCGAGCGGAGUCAUUCUCACACUGAAGAAGAGACCACAAAACACUCUCGGCUCAACCCCUGCGCUGCUAAAAAACGCACGCUGGAAACCACUUGCCCUGCAGCCUCUGUCCACCAGUCCAUGCAGUGGUUCUCCCACCCCACCCAGCACGCUCGGGUCAGUAGGACUCUCACCUGGAGUUGACACAUCUGGGGGACAUGAUGUGUUUAUACUGUCCCCUGUUUAUGGACACAGAGAGGAGGAUCUGGAUCGUGGUGGCUUUGGAGUGUUUGGCUCUGACUCUCCUGGUUAUUAUGUAGAACAGGAGGUGCUGGGGGGGCAGUACUUCCCCCUCCUGGAGGAGGAUUCUGGGAGAAAUACCGGACUGCGACGCAGAGACCGGACCCCAACUCACAGUGACCCCCGGCAGGUUUCCAUGGGAACUGAGUGGCUGACAGAACCGCAAGACUCUGGAGUUUACAAAAGAGGAAGCAGAGAUUCAGACUCGUCUCUCCUGCGAUUUCUCAGCGACGACAGGAUUCUUUUGAUUCAGGAAGAAGCAGAGUUUUCUCAGCGUGACACAAGCAGGCGAUCCAGGAAGAAAAGCCGAAAUCCCAGCAGUCCCAGUUUUCCCAUCAGCCCCUCUAUGCUUGCUCCACCUGUGCGCUUGGACACAGGUCCCCCGGAGGGGCUGCCCUUCCCCGUGCCCGACUCCAACACAAUGCCACACUACCAUAGAGCUUCAGACACACUCCGGGCAGAUGCCGAUAGGUAUGCCAGUUCAGGUCUUGACAGACAAGCAGGGGCAUCAAUGAGAAAGUCUGUGCACUAUGCCUCUCUGAGGACCAAACCUAAGAAAAAAAGCAAAGGUUCCCUCAGUAGUGCCAGCAGGAGACGUAUUGCAUGUAAAGAUCUGGGUCAUGGCGACUGUGAAGGCUGGUUAUGGAAGAAGAAAGACGCCACCGGCUAUUUCACACAGAAAUGGAAGAAGUACUGGUUCGUUCUCAAAGACUCCAACCUGUACUGGUACACCAAUCAGAACGAUGAAAAAGCAGAGGGCUUCAUUUGUCUGCCAGAGUUUCGGAUAGACAGAGCGAUUGAGUGCAGGAGGAAACAUGCCUUCAAAGCGUGUCAUCCCAAAAUCAAGAGUUUCUUUUUUGCUACUGAUCAUUUAGAGGAAAUGAACAGGUGGAUGAAUCGAUUAGGCUUGGCUGCGAUUGGCUACACACCCGAUGACCCGGUACCGCGCCCCGAUGAAGACUACUGGAGUGAGAGCGACCAGGAUGAGGUGGAUGGGUCAAUGACACUCAAACAGGAGGCCACGUACCACCACAACCCCUCUGGAACUUCGUCCAGUCCAUUUCCCGAGCGUCAUUUCUCCAGCGGCUCCACAUUUUCGCAUUCCUCCGCGGAGGAGUCCCACUCCUCUUGCCGAUCCUCCCAUCGAGAACGUCGCUCAUGGCAGGACCUGAUUGAAACCCCCCUGACCAGCACGGGUCUACACUACCUGCAGACAGUGGAAGCGGAAGAGCCUACACUGCUGUCACCCGAUCAGCUCCGGCAGGCCACCCUCCCCGCCCAGUGCCGACGCCCCCUGGAACGUGACGGGCCUUUUCCAUUGACAGAUAGCGAGGAGUCCCGCCCCCGUCAUCACACCCACAAGCAGCGCAGCCAGAGCCUCCCACGCCACCGCGAGGCACACGGGGGACACGGGCACCGUAGCGCACGCACGCACAUGCACGGCACUCUGAGGCCGAGAACUCAUCUCCAUGAGGAAGAGGAGGAAGAGGAGCUGGAGGAAAGGGAGGUGCGUAAACUCAGAAGCAGGAGACCUGAGAGUGAAGAGAAAGCAGUUGAUUGCAUAGAUGGUCUGCAGGAGCUGUAUCGAUCGCUCGAGCAGGCGAGUCUCUCCGCUUUCGGACAGCAAAGGCCUUCCACCAAACAAGAAUUCAGACGCUCCUUCAUCAAACGAAGUAAUGAUCCCAACACAAAUGAACGACUCCAUCGCAUAAGAGUUCUUCGCUCUACGCUGAAGGCGAAGGAAGGCGACUUGGGCAUAAUCAGUCAGGUUCUGGAUGACCCCUGUUUGACUUCGCGGAAGUUUCGUGAGUGGAAGCAACGUAACCACGAGCUCUUCCUGGAUAUCUGUGAGUUCAGCUCCGCCCCGUUGGAACCGCCCAGUGAUUCCAACGACCUUUCACCUCUCUCACCAACGCUGAUGAUGCACACCCACUCUUUCAUAGAAACGCAUGUGUGAAACACACAUCCAGGCGACAAACAAACACGCUCAAAUAAAGACGCGAAGAUAUAUACAAAUACCGUGAAACAGACAAACACAUACAAUGAAAAGCACUGUGGAUCUAGACUGUCCUCACUUUUCUUCGAUGGAUGACCUGAUACUGCCCUCCUCGGAUCACGAGCGACAGAUUGAACCAAUACACUGUAAGAUCGAUCUUAAAGAACUGACCCAGCCUCCGAAAUUCUAGAAUGCAGGCACGUCGCCGACUGUCCUGUGACCAUCUGCUCUAACCCGACACUGUCAGGAGACUCAUAGACACGUCAUGGAAGAGAAAGUAUUAUCUGCACUUAUGUGGCUCAUUGCAAACUCUGUACAAUAUGUUUCAUCACGGGCACAAAGUUGGAAGGGAUAGAAGAAAGACCCCGUGAGGUGCACUAUUGCAUGCCUGCAGAAUCAUCUUGUCAGAUUAAUUGACCACCAGUUGAACAAAAUGGGAGCGCAUUUAAAAAAACAAUCUCUUAUUUUUGUCUCUGAUUGGAGUUGAAAAAUCUUUUUUUAUAUCUUUCGAAGAUUUUGUUGAUUCAUUUAUUUGAUUCUUUCGUUUGAUUUCCUUCCCUCGGAAUGCUGCAGGAAGAGCACUCAUGUAGCCAUGGGCAACAGGCUUCACUCUGUUACCAAGCAACACCGCCCUACUGUGUUACUCUAUACAACUCUUAAAGCAAGCAAGAGUGUUGGAAUACGUCUGCGCGUAUGUGUGUGCAAGUGCGUGUGCGUGAGAAAACGGACAUGGCUCUUUCGAGAGUUUGAUUACAUAUAUACUGUAUGUUAGGAUAUGGGAAAAGAUGAACUCCUGGCAUAUAGAAACGUGUUAAAUUUGGCUUCUUUAGAAUAUUUAUAUUAUAGCUGAACUCAUGCAUGGUUUAAAAAAUAUUACUAUAUGCUAUCAGGCCAGAGAACAGUCUGUAUAUAAGAACAUAUUAUUUGCAUAGCUGCAUCCUCUGUUUAAAACUGUGAAUUGUACUCGUGAAUGCAAUCUUUUAACUCUGCCAAAGCAGAACCUUUCUACUCUCUAUUUUUUUCUACAAAAAAGACGACAAAAGACGAAAAGCUUUGCUUCUCUGAUGUUAUGACUGUUUUUGCUUGUUUCCGGGUCUUUGCUGGUCAUUACCUCUGAGCUUUGGGCUACAUUCAGGUCGCUAUUUUCUUUUCUUUUUUUUACGUAUGUGUCCCUCAGACAGACUCCGCUAGCUCCGAAAUAUAAAGUUAAAUUCCCUUUCAGACUUUUAGGCUUCAGUGGCUCAGGAUUUGGAUAGAAGUGGAUAAAACACAUAAAAGAAGAAUUGAGAUUUCCGAUUUAAAUGAAAAAUAUCUGAUGGGUCAUACCCGGCGGUGGAGUGCAAAAUGUCCCCUAUACCUAAAAUGUCAUUGAAAUGCAACAGACCUCCAUAUGUGCUCAAUGUAAGUUAUGUUUGAUUGUCACUUUUAUAGAAUCUUGUGGGAUGUACUUUAAUUGAAUAGAAUGUACUCAUUCAAUAGUUUGUUAACUGUAUAUCUCAUUGGAACACACAACCACACACACACACACACACUCACUUCCUACACAAAGACAAUACUUUUAUGUUUGUGGUCGAUGCCGUCUUACCAAAGCGACUCACAAAAUCAUCUGCCCACUAAAUUCACUGUUUCUAGUCAUUGUUUCUCUUCACAGCGUUGCCGAGGACAUUCAUUCCAUGUUGGUGUGUGCGUGUGUUGUGUGUACGUGUGUUUUUUCCAGGCCAUCGGGGUUUCACUGUGGUUUAAAGGGCAUGUCCCCCCUCUCCCCCACACGGCUAUGCUGUAUAAGGUGUAAGUUGCACUGCAACAUUGAGACGGAACAUAUUGCUCUUUUUUCAAGGUUCUCUUUCAGAAAAUUCCCCUUCUGUAUAUUAAAACACCAGGAAGAUCCUGAUAUUUAUUCACAGUAUUAUUCAAGGCUAACCCUCUUUGCUUUCAGAAAUAUAAAUACAUAUAUAAAUAUAUAUAAUACAGAUUGUAAAAUGUUAAACUAAUAAACUGAGUUCUCUUCACUCUG